GUGUGCAGUACCUCGCACAGUUCCAUUCUGGGAAAAACAAGCUCGCACAAGAGUGGAGAUCCCCAGACUUUAUUUUAGUAUACCGACACACACAAUACGAAAGUAUUAUAGCAAAAGACCUUCCUCGCGCUCGCACGAGCACCGAAACCCCCUCCCGCUGAUCCUCUCCCCGUUUCCCUCACUAAGCCCGACAAAAGCGUCAUUAUUUCCGAGAUUUUUUUUAUCUUUUAUUUUUUUAUAUACAUUAUUACCGUCCUGCCCCGCCGAAUAUUUCCCUAUGGCUCAAAACAACGGUUCAGUUCCUCGCGUAAACAGCUCGUGUUAAAUUGGCAGCUCGCACAUUGAGAAGAGAACUAAGAAUUUUCAUUAGUUCGAAAAAAUAAAGUAGACCAAAACACUUUAACGAAGCGGCUCGAAGACGAUUGUGUGCGUGUGCAUGUGUGUGUGCGUGUGUGACUUUAUUUGUAUCUGUUAUUGUUAUUGUUUGUUGUUGUUGUUUUUUUUCUCUCCUUCGUUUGACCAAAGUCACGAUUCGAACGAGUACGAGACACACGAAAACGCGCGGUUCGCGCAGCGUGUGCUGCUGGGGGCCAAGGAAGUGUUCAACACACAUGGGCAAUCGAUAGUGGAACGAAACGUUGCUCGCAGCGCCCAUGAAACAAGUGGCGAAGCACGUUUUGCAACCGUCCGCUGUUUCCUCCACUUUAGACCCGCUGUACACACCCUCGUGACCGUACACCGUGUGCUACAAACAAUAAACAGACGAGUUUAACGAUCGAACAAUAAUACAAAAGGGGAAAUAGAAAGGAACGACGAAAGUAAGAAAACUGCUUGUAAUAUGUUGAGACCAGUGAGUGAAGUGCACAGUUCGGAAGACGACGAGAGGCAUCCUUAGAGAGAUUAUGAAGUGGCUACAAGCCACUUUGUUGACGGCGGCGGAGAGGAGCUGCUCCGGUGGAUGAAACGUGUGCCGGGAAGGCCGGCAACAGCAGCAGCAGCAGCAGCAGCGUAGAAAAAAAACUAGGAAAAAUAAAGAGAAAGAUACGCGAGUACAGUGGAAAAAGAAAUAAGAAAAAGCCUGAGGAGACGGAGGAUACUGCAACGAGAGAAAAACGAAGAGAAGCGGAGAAAGACGUAAGUGCUGGGUACGGAGUCUAGUCGGAAAGCUCCGGGAGCAUAAACCCCAAAAAGCGCAUCUCUGAUGCUGAACGAUAGGAGAUACGGAGAAGAAGCAUCGGGUCAAGAUCCGGCGGACCGUAAUGGAAAUGGAUUUUUGCCCCCGAGUUGCGUGGCAUCUUAUCUCGCUGUUGUUGCAGCAGCAGCAGCAUCCGGGAAAGGUGGCUCGUCGAUGGCGACGACCGGCGGUGGAACAAGUACGACAACGAGCGUCGCAACAGGAAACACAACGACGAAUACCGCUGGAGGAGGAGCAGGAGGAGGAGGAGGCGGAGGAGGGGGAGGAGGAAUCGGUUUGCACCAUGGAAUCGGCCACCACGAACAGUACAGUUUUGAGGGUACGACCAUUAUGCCACCGGGUACGGGCAUCGCUCCGAUUACAGGCUGGAGCAAAGAAGUGCGUUACGCGCCGUUCGGUAACAGCGGUUUGCCACCGCCGCCAUUACCACCGCCACCGCCGCCGCCACCACCGCCGCCACCUCUUCCUCUUCCUCUUCAGAUGCAGCAACGUACUUACUCCCGAUCCAUGACCUCAUUGCCGCCAGAGCCUUUUAUGAUUAUGCGAUCGAAGGCUCUGAACAGGCGAGUUUCGAUAAACGUCGGGGGCGUUAAGCACGAGGUACUCUGGCGUACCCUCGAGAGAUUGCCCCACACGAGGCUCGGCCGCUUAAGGGAUUGCAAUACUCACGAAGCCAUUACCGAAUUAUGCGACGAUUAUUCUCUCAUUGAUAACGAAUACUUUUUCGAUCGUCAUCCCAAAUCAUUUAGCUCAAUAUUAAAUUUUUAUCGUACUGGCAAACUCCAUCUCGUUGACGAGAUGUGCGUAUUGGCGUUUAGCGACGAUCUCGAAUAUUGGGGUGUCGAUGAAUUGUAUCUUGAGAGCUGCUGCCAGCACAAAUAUCAUCAGAGAAAGGAACACGUACACGAGGAGAUGAGGAAGGAAGCUGAGUCGUUGCGGCAAAGAGAGGAGGAGGAAUUCGGGGAGGGCAAAUGUGCGCAAUACCAAAAAUGGCUGUGGGACCUACUCGAAAAACCGACUACGUCCAUCGCCGCCAGGGUGAUAGCUGUGAUAUCGAUACUCUUUAUUGUGCUAUCGACGAUUGCACUUACUCUCAACACCAUUCCUAGUAUGCAAGUGAACGAUGAAAAGGGAAACUUUCAAGAUAAUCCGCAGCUCGCUAUGGUGGAGGCGGUUUGCAUCACUUGGUUUACACUCGAGUACGUGCUUAGAUUCAGCGCGUCUCCGGACAAAUGGAAAUUCUUCAAGGGCGGUCUAAACGUAAUAGAUCUACUAGCAAUAUUGCCAUACUUCGUCUCGUUGUUUCUCGUCGAGACGAAUAAAAAUGCUACCGAUCAGUUUCAAGACGUGCGACGCGUAGUACAGAUAUUUCGUAUAAUGCGUAUAUUGAGAAUAUUGAAACUCGCUCGUCACUCAACCGGACUGCAGAGCCUCGGUUUUACAUUACGAAAUUCUUACAAAGAGCUCGGUCUUCUUAUGUUAUUUCUCGCAAUGGGAGUACUCAUAUUCUCGAGUCUCGCUUACUUCGCGGAGAAGGAAGAGCCCGGGACCAAAUUUAUAAGCAUUCCGGAGACGUUUUGGUGGGCAGGAAUCACCAUGACGACCGUAGGUUACGGAGACAUUUAUCCUACGACUCCUCUUGGCAAAGUUAUUGGAAGUGUGUGUUGUAUAUGUGGUGUCCUGGUAAUUGCGUUGCCUAUUCCCAUUAUCGUCAAUAACUUCGCCGAGUUCUACAAAAACCAGAUGAGACGCGAAAAGGCCCUUAAACGACGCGAGGCGCUCGAAAGAGCCAAACGCGAGGGAAGCAUUGUUUCAUUCCACCAUAUCAAUCUAAGGGAUGCUUUCGCCAAGAGCAUGGAUCUCAUCGACGUGAUCGUUGACACGGGUCACAACAUGUCGGGAGUCGAUGGUAAUAGUACCGAGGGAGAAUCGGCCUGUGGUAGGGGACCGGCACAGACGGGACCCGGUUGUUAUCGUAAUUAUGAACAUUACAGUCUUUCACGACAUCGUAGAAGUGCCUCAUCGUCAUUUCCGGCAAUACCGAACGACAUGCCAAACACGCCGGACAGCCCCAAUCGUCGUCUUCUUGAUUUUGCUCAAACUAUACCGGGCUCACAGAAUGACGAUUAUUUCCAAGACGAACUACCGGGGCAACACUCCAAUCAAGGAAAUACGACACCUAGCGAUGAAGAAAAAAAAGAUGGCAGGAAAUUCGAGAGAAUCGAUGAAUUGCCUAGUGAAUUCGAGUGUUGCUUUUGUACCACGAAGGAGUACAAAGAUUAUCGCGACGCAGAAAAUAUAAUGCCAUUGGCGACAAGCGAUUUCCGUAAUCCGGUGUGUCAAGAAUUAAGAUCGAUGCGUGAAAACAGCAUGGAGACGAGCGGAUACGGGGAUUAUCCAGCCGAAAUAUAUCAGCCGGAAAUUUAUCCGACGGAGAUAUAUCCAACGGAGAUUUACCAACCGGCGGAGAUUUAUGCACAAUCGCCGAUUCAAGCGAUCGAAUCGACGAUCGUAUAUACUAAAACUUAUGCGGAUCGUGGUAGCGUCGAUAGUUCCGACACUUAUGCCAGUUGUCAGACCCAUCCGUUUCACUCACAAGCCGAUCUCACCGACGAAGCUGACAGUAAUCUCUACAUAAAUCCACUCGAAGGCGCCGACAAGUGUGGCAAGAUGAGGGUCAAAAAAUCAACAUCCAGCGAACACGUCGCCAGAAGCAUCAUCGACGUUUCGCCGAGUACCGAAUCGUUGAGGGGUCUUGAGUUCCCUCAGCAGACUGAGAGUGUCAAGGUCAGCCUCAUCGAGACUGUGCCAAAGCACAAGAAAAUUCGGAUACAGAAGAGCGUAGGGCUCCGAAGACAAGUGAUGACGGAGCAAGAAUCGUCUUCGACGGUUGGCCAGCUGUCGCCGAUAGCGUCGAAUUCGGGCAGCAUCGAGGACAACAACAAUCAGUACGAGGGAAGUCUUCGCGGUGGACGGUCAUCCGCGUCGAGUACGACGAUCAAUUCGUCAACGACAACGAGCACCGUAGCAACUGCUCCACGCGUUAUAAAUCAUCAACAGUUCGGAAAUGUUAGCAGUUCUAAGCAAUACACCGGUACCCCGACUCGAAGCGGAGGUAAUAAAUUGUCCCAAUCCGCUGAUUCAAUCGACAACGCAAUGGCAGCUCUUUACAUCGAACAACAACGCCAACAGCAGCAGCAACAACAACAACAACAACAACAACAACAACCGCAACGUCACAAAAUAUCAAAAUCAAUACUUAAAAAGGCUGAUACUAGUUCUAACGAGUACAAUAACGACCGCGACGGUGAUACCGAAAAAUUGAUAUUAGAUAACGCAAGCGCCAGCAGCGUUUCCAACGAAGGAUUCAACCAGAGCCCGGUCAUGAUGAACCUCAAUGCAGCGCGCUACGCUAAAGCUGGACAAAUGCUCAGGAGCAACAACAACGUCGAACAGUUCAGUACCACUGGACAAAAAGAUGGAAAAAACGUCUUGAAAGGGAUUUUUAGUGGUACGAAAAGAGAGGAGAAAAAGAACCGCAACGAAACAGCGAUGGAGACUCAGGAGAAAAACGCGUGGGACGAGUCGAUUACUGACGAGAAAACUCGAGUCCGUUCCACCCAGACGGCGAAGGAGGAGAAAACGACGUUGAUGAGAUCGCUCAGACCAUCAAAGAUAACGAAAAGAAUGAUGUCCGGAGAAAAGAGGAAAGUUUGCCGCGCGAAUAGCGGCUCCUCGAGUCAGGGGAGCGCCGGUUCCGAGGGCAGCCGUUUCCCCCAGGAUUCGCAUCGGUUUUCAUCGUAGCCCAAAAUUCCACGAUACAGUUGUUUGAUCACGAGGCUCAGCGACGACACCGUCGAAAUUUCCAUGACCGAGGAAAUUUCUGAUGAAACAUAAAUUUCGUCAAUAGCGAGCACCAACCGCGUUGAAAUCCCCGCCCGAAUGUCAGCAGAAAACACUCCUUAACAAAACAUAUUACGAGCCUGUCUCUCUGUAUAGGAUAGAAAUAAGUGAAUAUUAGCAGCGAACUUUUAGCAACCCGUUCGAGCAUCAGGCCCUCACGUUAGAGAAACGACUAGCGUAGUGCGUCGCAACAGCCUGCAUAUGCUUAAUCGAAACAUUCGUUCGUACUUUGUCCAGAUUAGAGCAAUUUUCUCCCUGGACCCCGAAGCCCAGGGGAUCGAAAGAGGGAAUAGCACUCGCGAUAUAUUUGUGCGAAGAUUGUCGAAUCGGAUCGCUCCUUCAAAAAGGUGGAACGGUAGUAUAUAUAUUUAAAAAAAAAAGAGGAAUUUUCGUGCAAAUUCCUAGAUACGUUCGAAAGUGUGUAAACUAUUUAAUCGCGAAAUUUUAACGGGUUCGAGCACGCCGUUUCCGAGAAAAUUGAAUGACUUUUUUACAUCGGGUCUUAUGGAGAAGCGUAAAAAAGCGCGCAAAAACAUUGAAAAACUACUGUUAAAAAAGCCACUUUUUGAUGAAACGAACACUAGUAUAUAAACCAACUGUCAAGAUAACUCUCGCAAAAUUUGAGAGCUUGAGCAGAGCAGCCGACAGUCAAAAACUGAAACCAUAACCCUGCGUUGCUGCCGUCAGGGCUUGAGGUUUGAUAUUUUGAAACGUAAAAGAAGAAACUUUUUUUCGCCAAAAUUAGAAAGAUUAUGCUUGAAACAGUUAUUUUUUCAUCCAAAAGUAGACAAUUAUCAUAUUUUCAUGUAAAUUGAAAAGCAGAAACUAAAUUCACGUGCAGUUGGCAAGACGAGAGGCUUUCCAUGUUAGAGCGUAGGAGCACCCCUCUCACCGCCCGCCCCACAAAAGAGGUACCUUAACGAAUGUUGUAAAUCCCCCGUUUCAAUUAGAAUUUUCGACGUUUUCCAAAUCAACUUUUUCGCGAUGUUCAAUCAACCGUUCCUUCCGGCCGCACAAUAAGCGUCGCAUCUUCAAUCGUUUUUUGGAAUAAUCCACAAUGUUCAAAUUCCAGUCAAUUUAACGGAAACCUUUCGCGCACACUCGAAAACGGGGAAACUCGACGUCCUCACCGUUCCGUAUUUGUGGUUCCUGUAUUCUGCAUAUUCGUAAGGGUAAAGCGAGCGUACAAUUAAAAAGAGGCACAACAAACCUAAGCGCUGUUUUCGGUCCUCGGGUACUUCGAUUCGGAAAGAGCUUCAACUGACUAGAGAUAAGGAGAGCGUCGUUGUGAUACGUUUUUAUGCAUAUUAGAGGAAAUGCGUACAGGGCUAUUUUUAGUGAGAAAUUAUACGUCGAUUGCCACGUUUUUUUUUCACACGCCACUCCCCACGCAUCGUUUUUCGUCGUGAACGUUCGCUAACUUCAAACGCUAACACGAAAAACUGAAAAUCUAAAAAUUAUUAUGAAAUAACAUCAGUUUCCUUAAAAUCCGAUGAAAAACGUGAACGAUCUCCUGCAACAUUUUAUUACUGGAUUCGUGACUUCCGGUAUGUUGCGCAGAAUUUUUGUUCCAUUGCUCCAGCGAACGGAACUUUUGAAAAAUGAAAAAAAAAGUGAAAAUUCAAUUUUCGAAGGCUCUUCCACGCCCCCUUCCAUUCUUUCUAUCUUUUCGUGUCAUACCUCGAGCUCGGAAGGCCUCAGACAAUCAUUUAUUUUUCCCAAUCGCAUCCUACACUAUUUCGCUGCAUCGGACUAUUUCAUUGAUGAAAAAAACACAUGCCAACGAGGCAUCGAAUCACUAAUAAUAAAAGAAGAUGCUGAUAGACUGAGCCUGCAUGCUUCGUAUGGGCAAUAAAAAUAAAAAUUCACAACUUUGAUACUAAUCUCGGGCUCUCAACUCGGUUUCUAAACGCUUAUCGAUUUCAACGAGGCAUCGAACACUGUUUGAAUAUUGACAAGUGUUUGAACGCGGGAGGACAAAAUAUGCUGAUUUUUGCGAUCGUAUUAACCCGUUCAGGGUAUCACUUUUUCGGUCCCUUUUCAGAGUAUCGUGGGUCGCUACAAUGAGCCAUGUUAGAACGCGUAAUUCGCGAUUAAACAAUUCGAUGAAAUUCCCGAAAAUUCUUCAAUGCUUCUACUUGAAGGGCGGGCCAUGAAGAUUGCAAAAAAAUUUCAACAAACGCUUCAUUUUUCGUCGAAAA